GGUGCCAAAAGGUUGGGCAUUUUGCCAGAGAGUGCCCUGGUGAGCCCACAGUCAUGCCUGUGCAGUCAGCUGGUACAGCAACGCAAGCCAGUUUGAGUAAUGUCGUUUGUUCUUCCAUGCAGGAAAACUUCCACCCCCUGAACCAUUGAGCCGAGAUUCAGGUGGGGGCAUCCUAGGCUCAGAGUUUGUACUACCUGACCCGUUGCCGCAGGUUACUGGUAGGAAACCAGUAACCCCCGCUGUCAAAACCAUCACUUCACCCCUCUCUGGGUACGCAUUGUCUGACCUUCGUAUGUUGCAGGAGACUGACCCCGUGAUCCGGGAGUUUCUGCCCUUUUGGAGGCGGAGGCGGGGCCCUGACGCUAAGGAGCGUGGUCGCACUUCAAGGCUGGCCCUCGGGUUGGUCAGGCAAUGGAGUAGGCUAGUGGGGCGGAAUGGGGUGUUAUAUCGGAAGGUCUGUCAUCCAAGGAGAGGAGAGACACUGCAGGUAUUGCUGCCCAAGUCCCUUCAGGGUCAAGUUUUGCAACAUGUGUGCCAGGAGCAUGGUCAUCAGGGUGUUCGGAGCACGGUAGAUGUGGUAUCUCAAUGGUGCUACUGGGUAGGGAUGUAUAGAGACAUCCAACGUUGGUGCCAGGAGUGUGAGCGAUGCCAUUUGGCUAAGGAUGCACCAACUCAUCGUAAUGUGUGUGGGGGCCAUUUGCCUGAACCCCAACCGAAACAAAUCCCUGUAGCUGAUUGGCGUAAGAUGCGCCACGACCAGCAAGCAAAGGAUGCUCCCCUGCGAGAAGGUCAGCUGGUCUAUUUGAAGAAAGUUGGGCUUGGAGGUUGUGAUAAAAGUAAGGGUGCUUUGAGUUCAUUGGCGUAUAAAGUGCUAAAGGCCCCUGACCAAAAUGGGUCCAUGGAUACCACUACCCCUGUAGAAGAACUGAUGCAAGAUGGCGAGUGGGUUUUAUUGGUCUCGGAACCUACUCCAGCCCCAAGCAGUUGCCAACAAAGACCAGAGACUCCUAGCCCUCGUAGGUCAGAUGAGCUAGAACCCUCAACGUCCUCCGCGGGGUCGGCCUGCCCUGACCAGCUGCCAGUUAUGGCUGGUGUUCAUAACGAUAUAGCCCCUUUACGUAGGACUAAUCGUGGUAAUGCUGGGACGCACCCAAAUCCGCACCAUUUGCCCCAGGCAGCAGGAAGUAGAGCAAUAGAGGCCGUGAACUCACAGGCACCUGUGCCUACUACAGUUACCCUGUUUAGACCUUGGCAGUGAGUGUCAAUCGUCGGGACGACGAUUCAAAUCUCGGGGGUAGAUUGUAGUGAAGUAGAUUUUGGGUUGGGAUGUUACAUGAUGUCCCUAAACGCACCACUGACAUCCACACCUUUCAGCCGACAAUUACCUGGCUAUAAGAAACAGCUGCGCUUCACUACUGAGAGAAGGCAUUUGGCAGUUUUGGCAAUCUAAGGUGGCUGCAGCACUAGGCAGUUGAGCUCCACAUAUCUCUUAAGGAAAGCUACUCAGUUGCCCUUAGAGAGUGGUGUGCAUUAGACUGCUGCUGUCUUGCCAGAUGCUGUUUUGUUUGUUAUGCACUACUUUUAUAACGUAUAGUGAUUUGGGAUGUGGUUUUAUGUAGAUCUUUUAUUGAUUGUUUAACGUUUUAUCUUUUCUUUUAUUGCUUUAGUGGAGGUGCGGCCGCUUGUUUAGAGGCUAGGCACGUGAGGUGGAAUCCCCUCCCCGAUGCAUGCGAGUGUACACACCGGGCAUAGGCAGAUUGCACCAUUUAGAGUUUAGUGUGAGUGAGGUUUGCUGUGAAAUCACACGGGUGAGUAAUUGGUGGCACCCUUGGGCACUCCUCCCUGUAGGUUGCCUCCUCAAGUGGCCGGUCUCCACCAUUUUGUCUAGUUGCCUCUUUUAACAUAUUGUGCUUGUUUUAGUGUAGCAUUGUGGUAGGGAGUAUGUCGUUUUAAUCAUUGUUCGGUAAUAAAGUGUUUUAAUUAUUUUACUCUCUUACCCCUGCUACCCUAGGUGCCUUUUUAAUCUUUUAGUUAUGUUUUAGUAGUUCCUCUAAAUAAACUUUUGAAUUAUAAA